UUUCAGGACUCGGUGCCAUUUACAAAUUACGUUGGAGGUUCCGAGUUCUUCGACUUCCCCCCAGGCGAGGGUCUGCCACCAGCAUCGAGCAACUUUGUCUUCUGGCCCGGAAACAAUCCAGAGUUUGUUGACGAAGAAGAUGAAAACAGCAUUGACAAUCUGGCACCCCACCUGUCUGAGUGCGACCCUCUAGACAAUCCUUGUGAGCAGAUUUGCUACCUGAUUGGGAUUGACACAAAGAUCUGUGACUGCCAUCCUGGCUAUGCCUUGCUUCCUGAUGCAGAAAGUUGCAGAGAUUUGGACGAAUGUCUUCUGGGUUUGUGUGGAGAACAUGGUUUGUGUGUGAACACACCGGGGUCCUUUGUGUGUACGUGUAACACGGGGUUUGUGCCUGAUACUGGAGGCUUUUGUAACGACCUCGAUGAAUGUCAAGACACCGAAAUUUGUGCCGGAGAUUCAGUUUGUGAGAAUCUACCAGGGAGCUUUGUUUGUCUCUGUCCUGAAGGCUUCACGUAUGAGGACACAGGCUGUGUUGAUGUGGAUGAAUGCCGUCAAGGGUUAUGUGAUGAGACUGCACUGUGUGAGAACUUCCCCGGAAGCUAUACGUGCAAGUGCCUGGAUGGAUUUGUCAAAGUUAACAACUCUUGUUUCGACAUAGACGAAUGUCUCAGCAAGCCUUGCAAUGGAAGUCUGAUGUGUACCAACUCCAUGGGCUCGUUCACCUGUGCUUGUCCUGCUGGCCAUCGCAGGGUUGGAGAUGAGUGCUAUGAUAUCAAUGAGUGUGAAGAUGGUGUGGAUCAGUGCGAUGAAAAUUCUCAUUGUGGUAACAUCAAAGGUUCAUACUUUUGUCAGUGCAAUUCUGGAUACAGUGGGAAUGGAUACGUGUGUUUUGAUAUAAAUGAAUGUGGCGAAAAGAACGGGGGCUGCGAGCACAAAUGCAUCAACCUGCCUGGAUCCUAUGCCUGCACUUGCCAGGACGGAUUUACUCGAGAUGCUGAUAAUAUCACCUGCACAGAUAUUGAUGAAUGCGCUGUUGACAACGGCUCUUGCAAUCAAGUCUGCAAAAACACCCCGGGCAGUUAUAUCUGCGAGUGCUCAGCAGGGUACGGCCUCCAUAUUGAUGGGAACUCAUGCGUUGAUAUUGAUGAGUGUGUCUCUGGCAAUGCCCAGUGUGAGCAGAUGUGUGUCAAUACGGUUGGCUCAUACAGUUGUGGGUGCACAGAAGGUUUUGUGAUAGGGAGAGAUGGAUUAACCUGUGAAGUCAUUACCAGAUGUGACCAGGGCAAUGGAGGCUGCGAUCAACGAUGUCUGACUAGAGAGAGUGGAGAGCUUUACUGUCAGUGCGGCCCGGGCUACACUCUCAACAGGGAUGGGAAAACUUGUGAUGCUACCUGCAAUCCAGCAUGCCAGAAUAAUGGUCGCUGCAUCGCUCCCAACAAAUGUCUGUGUCCUGCUGGGUACCCUGGUGACACAUGUAGUCCUACGUGUUGGCCUCGGUGCGCUCAUGGGGGUGUUUGUCUGAGGCACAACACAUGUAUCUGUCCCCGAGGCUGGGCAGGCAGAUAUUGUACCAUACCUGUCUGCAAACCAAGGUGCCGAAAUGGAGGUCGAUGUGUUGGUCCUAACGUCUGCCAAUGUUUAGAGGGCUUUGAUGGACCUGGCUGUAACACACCCACCUGCAGCCCUCCUUGUUUAAAUGGAGGCUUAUGCGUGCGUCCAGAUGUCUGCCAGUGUCUCCCUUCAUACAGCGGCCCUCGAUGUCACAGGAGAAAGAGAGUUGCCCCAGUGUGUGAACCACCGUGCUCCAAUGGAGGCAAAUGUGUCGGAAUCAACAAAUGUGAUUGCAAGCCAGGAUAUUCUGGAGCUCUCUGUCAAAAUGCCCCAAAUGCAGACUGUAGACCUCCGUGCAUCAAUGGAGGGACAUGUGUCAUUGGAAAUCGCUGCCAAUGUCCUCUGGGCACUCGAGGAUUUCGAUGCCAGAUCAGCUCAUGCCCAUUGGUCACAUUCAGCCAGUCGAUACGUCGUCCUGUAAGGAGGGCAGUCAAAGAGAAGGUCACUGUCCCAUGUGGUCGGUUUGGCUGGCAGCAAUGUACAGAGUUCAGAUUUGUCCAGAAACUAGUGUAUGAAACAAGCUACAAGGUGGGCUACCGCAGAAAGUGCCCAGGCUCUUAGAUGUCCGCUAAUAUUUCCUGACUUUGGACAUGAACGAUUUAUUGACUGAUGAGCAGGAGAUGGAGAGGAGUGGAGGGUACAAGUACAACUGAGUCCUCUUGUGUCUCAUACAUACUCAUAACGAACUCGGACUGGAUUAAUUCUUGUUCAUGAAAAUCAUUUUGACUCGGUCCUUUUUAUUUUCCUAAAUUUAAGCCUCAUUAACUGAAGUUUACAUGAUAUAAAUACAUGGUACAGAUUCCACUAUCUGUGAACACUGUAUUGGCCCACCGUUUUUUUUGUAUGGGAGAGAGAAAACACAUCAGGUUACAUAGAGCAAGGAGACAUUCUUCAUGAAAUUAUUGACGAUUUGGGAAAUGUAUUAUUUCAAGCUGUUAUAUUGAACCAAAAGAUUUCAUCCGUGCAACUUAUCAACAACCACUUAAGUACUAAUGGACUGUAGUGUAGUCAUGGCAAAACUAGGGAUAUUUUUUUGUUUCACAAGUGGCCCACAAUGUUCUGGCUUCUGUCAAGCUGCAACGACCAUUAGAAUUAAGCUUGUUCGAACACAAUCAAGACAACUAUGUCUUCUUAAGUCUAUUUGCUUUUCGAAUUUUCAUUUUUGUAUUCGCUUUAAUGUCCUUUUCUUACUAUGUAUGUGUACAUAAAUUGUAACUUUAUAUUAAUUUGAAAAUGUACAGUGGAGUCCAAAUAAACCAAACACUGUUACUCCGAAAUCAGUGCUGAACCGACAGAAAAUAAAAUACCCCACUUUUUUCUUCCUUGUCGCUGUAAGGAAAUUACCAAUUAGCUGAAUUAGCUGAAAUACUCCCAUUUGUAAACUGCAAAGAAUUUCAAAGUUUAUGUUGCUAAAUCUUCACUAGCAAUUCACGAGUAAUGCUCAUCAUCAAGUCUUACAUAUAUUUCAAGCCUGCAAAAGAGAAGAAAAAGACGUGAGAAUAAAUGAGUGUUGAUUGUUGGUCAGAGAGGCAUCGUCAGUAUAGUUUGCCAUUGUUUAUCACAUACAUCAGUAGGCCUACACUCUGUGUAUAGGCCUAGUAAUGCAAGAAUAGUGAAUGUACAUCGUGUGACCUUCAGUUGCUGAUGGCCUAUUUUCUCUUCGAAACUAGUGCACAUAGGCCCUAUACGUCAGCACAUGAUGGCAUGUGGUGUGUUUCAUAACCUUACUAGCAUUAAGCUUUCAAUCUCACUUCUUUGUCUAUUCUUUUGUCUGUUCUGUGUGACUGUUUGGCAGAGCAAACUGACAUUGUCAAAGAGAAAGCGUAAUACGUACAGCCUGAACCUGAAAUUGCACUUACGGGGAGAGGUAAAUCUAGAAGAGAAAAAAAAAUUCGAAAAGUGAAAUUUCCUGCAAAGUUAGCAUUCCCUGCUCUACACAGUACACUGUACAACAAUCAUCGCUAUUUGAGCAAGCUGUCUAAACUGAAAAACCCAGCUAAACUGAAGAGAAUUUGGCUCUUCAGCAGAUUUCGGCUUAAGUGGAUUCCACUGUAUGUUCUAGUGUGCAUGGAUGGUAAUUAAAGACAUUAUAUCACUUUGCACACUGAACUCAUUUUUUUUUUUCUCCUUUGAGUUUCUCACAAAGGCUGCAGGAACCACACUGUACAAUAGUUCAUCAAGUUGACCUGCUGUGAUUUUUGUUUCCUUUGGUUUGGGCAGAUAGUUUUUAAAUGAUAGCUUGGGAUGAGAGGUCUUCCACAAUUAGAAGUCAAAACAAUGUCGUUAGUGAAACAGCAAUACUUUAAUCUGCUUUUCUGAUAAUACAUUACAGCACAGUAGUUAUCUCUGCUGUACAAUAGAAACUGUCUAUUUUGUUUUCUAUUCAGCUGCAUGCCUAUGUUAUAUAAUCAUGGAGAUCAUCAAUGAAAUGCUGGGAAAAUAUAGCUUACCUUUUGUGCAUAUGUCAGCAUUUUAUUGUGCUUAAAAAGUGAGGGAGGCAAAAGUUUGCAUUGUGAUGCAAUUUAUCUUAAAAAACCCAAAGGCUAGAUUACCAAAAUUUGCAUGACAUGUAAUCUGGUUGUGGUACAUGAUCUAAUGACAUAUGUACCUUUUGUUCUUUAUGCAUUUUUGUGAAAAUUUCAUUCUGGUUCAUGUGUUAUGACCUUAAGUAUGAUUUUAUUUUCAUACUAUCAAAAUGCCAGCACUCAAGAGGUUGAGCUUGGAAUAAAAGUGCAGUAUCGAGUGCAUUAAUGUGUUAAUUAUGACAAUGGUAUAAUUUGGUGAACUGGUGAGCUUUUAUUUUCAUGUGAGUUACAGUUACCAGAAUUUCUGAAGAGGCUUAUGAAAAGCCUGCCUGUGUAGGUUAUUCCAUGGUUGUCCAGUGGUCUUGUCAUGUCAGUCUCCUACAUCUCAUUAACAUCUUUCACUCAAAUACUUUUUGUGGUAAAGUUAAGAACAAAGUUGCCAUUCCUCAGGAAACAUAUAUUCACUCGUGUUUCUUUCAUACAGAUGUUCAUAUUUUUGGUCACAAUAAAGAAAAUUAUAUUCUAUG